UGCAAAUCCACUUUGCUUCAAAAUGUCUGCUGCUGGUGGUGGGACUGGUGAUGCCGCGCCGGACAAGCGCAGUUCGUCAGCGGGACUGUCGAAUGAGAUCUUUGAGCAGCAGCUGGCCCAGCUGGAGGACCAGUUGGUCGAUGCAAUGAUGGGCAAGCAGGCAAUGGAGGACGAGGUCGCCCGGCUCAAGGAGCGCACGCACGAGCUGGAGAACCAGCUGGCCGUCGCUCUGUCCUCAUCGGAAGCAGCCGCACAGCCAAACUCGCCAGCACAGCGCGCGAGGACGAGCACGGUCGGCGGCAGGGGUGUGCUCGACGCGUCGGCCUCGGAUUCGACCCAACCCAAACGCCCGUCGUCGCUCACGCUGAGUGCCCGCGUUGCACAGCUGCAGGCCAACAUUAUCGGACAGUGGCGCAUCUUCUUGGACGACCUCAAGGAAGAGCAGGAGGAUGACAUGGUGGUGGUCACCGCCGAACCGGACGUGCUGAGCAUGAAGCUGCUCAAGUUGAACGUGGCCCGGUUUAGGGCAGCGUUUCGACCGAUCAAGUUUACCAUUGACCUCGUUUCGCAUGUUCUCACCUGGUCGAAUCCUGCCGCGACGGCCAUCAUUUGUGUCACAAUGUGGCUGCUGGUGCUGAGUGGAAUUCUCAUCCCAGUGCUACUGCUGGCCAUGGCAGGCUUCCUGACGUACAUGUACUACCUCGAGGCUGGCGUCACCAAACUUCGGCCAUUUGGCUACACUGACGAACCAGUUCACAGUGGCGAGCCCGACCCAAGUAUGCGCGAUCGCGUCACGUUGAUGCUUUCGAUUGCGCGCCGCGUCCAGAACUUGCUGGGCGAUGUUGCCACCGUCCUCGAAAAGUUGGCCAACCUUGUCACAUGGAAAAACCCAACAGUCACACGCAAGCUCCGCAACAUGUUGCUCAUCGGCGGUAUUGGCAUGCUCGUUCUUCCAGAUUACUGGAUUGGUUUUCUCGUUGGAACCAACGUUUGCCUUCAGCUCUUUGUGCUCAAGCAUCUGUUCCGCAAGUUCCCCAAGCUGCGUGCCAAGUACGAUACGGUGCCAAACAUGUUUGCCGCUCUCCCCAGCGCGGCGGAUGUUGCGGCAAUCCAUGCCCCGACCGGAGCCUCGGGCUCUCGCAGCGCCACGAUCGCUGCUGAUGCUGCCAGCUUGAUGUCAGAAGAUGGCAUUUCCCUCGAUGGGCGCGCGGACGCCGAGGCAGCCGAGCUCAAGCAGUCCAAGAAGCACCGCAAAGAGCAUCUUCUCCGAGAUCAGUUUGGCUUUGAAAACGUGGAGCUGAUUGGUAAUUGGCGAUGCGCUUUGCUCAACAAGGCAUCAAAGUACACGGGUCACCGUCAAGGAAAGUUGUACUUGACGGCUCGGCAUUUGUGCUUUGAUCCGGCCAGCGGGUUUUUUUCGUCGGCGAGCGAAAAGGACAAGCUGCUAAUUGACCUUGCUGAUAUCGUGACCAUUCGCAAGGCAAAGCCCAUUUCAUUCAGUCCUGGCGAUGGCUUUUCGAUUGAAGUGAUUCUUUCCGAUUCACAUUCGAUCUUGUUUGGUGCGUUGGUGCGACGUGACGUGACGUUUGAGACGAUCGCGAAGCAAGGAGCGUCCCUGGCGCUGGAUUGGGGCACGGCUGCCCUCGCCUCCAUUCAAGAACCACCAAAGUCAAAGUAGUCCAGGUUGCCAUGUACUGUACUGCAAUGAAUGGUGCAUUGGGUGUGGUUUUUAUUGUUUCUUUACAUUGGUUUUUUUUUGUUUAAUUUGUCAGCCAAUGCAAUGAACUG